AUGGCAUACGACAGAUGUAUUGACUGGACAGAUUUCAUCAUGAACACGGAAGAAAUCAAGCAACACAGUGCUAUAGCAGGCCACUAUUUUGACAAAUCAUACAACGACGCACUAAAGGCAGUGCGACAAGAACUGAAAGAAGACGCGAUAUACGACAUCGAGGGCGAUGUCAACGCCGAGGGAGGGGAAGCAGCUGCUGUGGAAUCUGAAAUCCACGAUCUGGACGUGGAGCUGGCAGCAUUGGUGGAAUCUCAUGACGAGGUUGGGGCCCAAGGCGAAGCUGCUCUGCAGGAGGCCCAAAAAGCAAUGUCAGAGUUGGAGCGUCGAAUUGAUAGUAUACGAGGGAAAACUAGGUCAUCGGAUGAGAUUGUGCGAGAAAUGACGAGAGAUAUCAAGCAACUCGACAUUGCGAAAAGAAAUCUCACAUCUUCAAUCACCACAUUACAUCACUUGCAUAUUUUGCUCACUGGUGUUGAUUCAUUAGCCGUCUGGGUGGACCAUCGCGACUACGCUUCAAUUGCCAGGCAACUACCAGCGAUUCUCAACGUUUUACAGUUGUUCGAUGAUUUUCAAGAAGUCGAGCAAAUGGCAAAAAUAACGAACAGGCUGAACAAGUUGAAGCAGGCGCUCACCGUUCAACUAGCCAGCGAUAUGAAGGCAGUUUUCCAGGCCGGUCAGUUGAGUGAACGAGUAACGGACAUGUGUCGAGUGGCAGCAGCCUUAGAAGGUAGUGUGAAGUCAAACUUCUGCCGCUGGUUUAUUGAUCAGCAGUUAUCGGAGUAUACGGUAUUGUAUGCAGAAAAUGAAGAAGGAGCCUGGCUCGAUAAAAUCGAAGAAAGGUAUAAAUGGUAUGUUCGUAAAUUAACGGAUUUCGAAAGAACUGGUCUCGCCAAGGUGUUUCCUCCUGACUGGGAUAUGGGACGUUUGAUGACGAAGGAGUUUUGCAACGUGACCAGGGAUGUUUUAUAUCGCAUGAUGACCCGAAGGCGCCCUGAUCUGGAUUUCCGCUUGCUUGGUCAUGCUAUUCAGCACACCCGAAUGUUUGAAGCUUUACUCAUAAAGAGAUUCCCAUCAAAACCAGAUUUCAAUUUUGAUAAGGCAAUCUGGAGUGUUUUUGAUUCGUUUUUGGAUGUUUUUAUAAGUGCUCAGGAGAAAACACUCAACCAGUUCCUGGAGGAUUGCGCGAAUAAGAUCAGGGAUGUCGUUGGUGUCGUACGGGUCUGCCUACGUAAUUACGCGCAUGGUUGCUUGACAGCAUUCCUGCCCACUGGCCAUGGCCAACAAAGUGGAAGCAGUACGGCCAAUCUGUUCAAUCUUAUUCGAGAGGAUACUACAGUGUUAAGGCUAAGCGCGGAUCAACAAUUCCUCACCUGUUGCAUACUGGCGACGGCCGAUUGGUGUGCAGAGACGACGUUACAGCUGCAAGAGAAACUUGCUCAGCGAUUGGCAGGAGUUGACUUAAGUCAAGAGAUGGAGACCUUCUAUGGAAUCACCAAUCAAGCUCUUGCUGUUCUGGUACAAGACCUGGAGGGCACAUGUGAUGCGGCCCUCCAAGCUAUCUCCAAGAUCACAUGGUCAGCAGUAGACGGCGUUGGUGAUGAGUCACCAUUUGUGGGUGCAAUUCGAUCACACCUUCGAGCAGCAAUACCUCGACUUCGUGACUUGCUAUCUGACAGAAGGAAGUAUUUUGCCCACUUAUGCCUGAAACUGGCCACACAGCUGUCCCACAAAUUCGUCGGCGCACUGUUUAGGUGUAAACCAAUCAGCACUCACGGAGCCGAACAAUUACUUCUUGAUACCCAUUCCCUGAAGUCGUUCCUCCUUCAAAUGCCUUCGAUUGACAGCGCAGUGGCAGCAAAGCCACCAACAGCGUACGUUGGAGGUGUGAGCGCAGCGUUGAACAAGGCAGAAAUGAUCCUCAAGGUGGUGAUGUCAAAUAUGGAGACUCCUGAGGAUUACGUUGAACAUUAUUCUACCUUGUUGCCUGACUCCAAUACAUCGGAAUUACAGAAGGUUCUGGACAUGCGUGGUGUAAAAAAAGUGGAGCAAACGGCCAUUCUGCAGGCGUACAGACAGAAGUUCGGAGCUGCGGCUGAUGCUGCCCCUACGGUUCCUGUUGGAAUGGGCAACGCAUUAUCAGCGACACAGGCUUUGAACGCUGUUGUUUCGAUGGCUGCUGACGGAUUAGCCGAGACGACCAGCAUGAGAAGGCUUGAAAAGCUCGUUAAGAGAAAUUUCUAG